CUCACCAGCGAAUCAAGCUAGCUAGCUAAACCGCUGCGUCCGACGUGCAACGGACGAUGGCGGGGGACCCGCGUGCAACGCAGGAUGAAGAAGCCGAGUUAGACGCGGCCUGGCGUGCCAGGCAAGAGUCGAUGGCGGCGCUGCGGAAGACGAUGAUGGAUAUGUUCGCCGGGCCGGCGGCCGAGCUGCUGCGGCCGGACCAACAUCUCCUGCCCGAGCUGGCGGCGUUGAAGAAGACCCUCCAGGAUACGCGCAGGGACCUGCCGACACCCGAGCCGUGGUGGCUGCCGGAGCAUCUCGCGGCGCGUGAGACCGCACUGGCGGGGCAGGAAACCACAGCGGCGCUGUGCGAAGCCGUGGAGGCGCUGCACGGCGACCUCGACGCAGAUGGAUCAGGCGAUGCCUGUCUUAUCGAACGCCUGGCCAAGGCGAUUCUGGCGGAGUACGAAGCCAGAGAGGCGGACUACGAAGCCCAGCAGGCGCUGCACCAAGCCCUCCGGGUGUUCAAGUAAACUUACUAGUAUUACCGCCGCACUUUUGUUCACUUUGUUGAUGAGUGCCGGACUCGAUGGCAAGCCUGUUUGCAUCGAGCUACGUAUAGUGAGUAGGUUUGUUUGGACUCCCUGCUGCUUGCCAUCAACGCGUCGUGAACCAGAGUCGUGGACUCGUGGGAUGGCAUGACAAUGUCCGGGUCACAGUAUACGGGCAAAUGUAGGUCUCGCAAACAUGUUCUAGUUUAUGGUACGAGAGCAUCUAGA